GGCCGGGGCGGGCAGCAGCGCGCGGUGCAUGUGCGGGUGGGGGCGGCCGGCGGGGCUGGAGCCGUGCGGGGCUGGAGCCGAACGGACCGGACCGGACCGGAUCAGAUUAGACCGGACCGGGGCGGUAGGAUCGGAGCCGCCGAGCAGCCUCGCUCUUUCCCAGGACUUAUGGAGGUGCUGAGGAGCAGCUCUGAACCCCGUGGCCCCCAACAGCCCACCCCGUGAGGCACCCACCCUCUUCCUCACCUCAUCCCGACCCUCCCGACUCAACCAUUCAAGGCUCCCGUGCAUGGAUCGCCCCAGCGAGGCACCGCUCCCGGACGCCGCCGACGCCGCCCCGUAGGCUCCCGGCCCCCCGUGACACCCCCAAGUACUCCACAUACCCCGAUGGGGUAACGUGAGGGGGGUCCCCUCCCACCACCACCAACCCCCCCCCAUAUGCCGAGGCCUUUCUAGAGCGCCAGGGACCCGCACGGCACCGGAGGCAGCAGCGUCGCACACGCCCCCAGGACACCAACACUACAGCAAAGGGAUUUUUUUUUAUUAUUUCUUUUUCUUUUUUUUUAAUUAUUAUUAUCAUCAUUAAUAUUAUUUUUUUCCUCCUCCCACCCCGGGGAGGCUUGCGGUGUGUCAAGGAAGCCGGCGCGCUCCCAGGAGCUGGGAUUAUUUGCACAACGUCUGUAUAUUGAGUUCUCCAUCCUUGUUUUAUUUUUUCAUCACAGAGGGGUCGUUGCUUGGGUGUUUUGUUUUUUUUUUUAACCCAUCCCCUCCACGCCACACUUUUCUUGGGGUUUUUUUUUUUUUUCCCUCCCAUCAUCAGCACCACCUCAACGCUCCAUCCCACCAUGGCCCGGAUGAACCGCCCUGCGCCCGUGGAGGUCUGCUACAAAAACAUGAGGUUCCUCAUCACCCACAACCCCACCAAUGCCACGCUCAGCACCUUCUUGGAGGACCUGAAGAAAUACGGUGCCACCACGGUGGUACGGGUGUGCGAGGUCACCUAUGACAAAACCCCCCUGGAGAAGGAUGGCAUCACUGUAAUGGACUGGCCGUUUGAUGAUGGAGCCCCUCCUCCCAGCAAGAUAGUAGAAGAUUGGCUCAACUUGCUGAAGACCAAGUUCUGUGAAGACCCAGGCUGCUGUGUGGCCGUGCACUGCGUGGCCGGCCUGGGGAGAGCUCCCGUCCUCGUCGCGCUGGCCUUGAUCGAGAGUGGGAUGAAGUAUGAGGAUGCCAUCCAGUUCAUCCGACAGAAGCGACGAGGAGCCAUCAACAGCAAGCAGCUGACCUACUUGGAAAAAUACCGACCAAAGCAGAGACUCCGAUUUAAGGACCCUCAUAACCACAAGAACAAAUGCUGCAUCAUGUAACCUCAACGACCUCUUGCCAAAAUCCAUGCACACAGACACCCGGGCACUCCCACCCAUCCCUCCCACUCACCCCCCACAACCCCUGCCCCAGCCCCACAGCCCCUACCCCCCCACUGCCAGGGCUGGGGUAGGUUUCAGGGGGGGGGGACAUGGGUCACCAACACCACCACCAUCCUGUUCCAGCACCCACAGCUCGGUUGUCUUUCUGGAGCCCUGAAAAAAGGCUCUGCAGUCGUGGCCCCAAGGAGGGAAGGCAGAACUGCCCUUGGGGUUAGCGGGCAGUGAGCUCACCUGAAUGUUCUUCAUCGCCUUCCUCCUCCUCCUCCCUUCCCCUUGCACUGAGAGGGAUGGGUGGAGGGGUCCUUGCUUUGGGGGUCAUGCAGGCAGAGCUGGGCCAGCUGAGAAGGGAUGGGGAGCAGGAGGGUUGGAGCACCCCUGGAAAAAUCCUUUCCUGCCUCUUCCCUAUAAAUAAGGGCUGCAGCACCAGGGAUGGAGAUGGGGAUGGAGCAGUGGCCUUGGAGAGGGAAGGUGGUGAUGGCAAGCAGAGGUGAAGGGCAGCUUGUUGCUGGCCUUGUGGCAGUGGGAAGGGCUGAGCUAAUUCCCCCCAGCACCAUUCCCUUUCUCCUGGCUCUUAUCCGUCUUCCCUGUCUCCUUGUUGCCUUGAUGCAUCAAGGUGGGGCUUACUGCAGCCAAGGCAGAGGUGCUGGGAAGCUCGGGGACCAUGGCAGGGCUUCAAGGCACCCAGCUUUGCCAGGCUGCAGGGUCAGCAUUGGGUCCCCCCCAGAUUGUGGGGUGCUCUUAUUUAUAGCUUCCAAAUUCAAUGCACGGGGUGUUGGGUUCUCUGCUGUCGUGUCCCCAUCACCCCACUUCUGGCUGAGAUGGCCCUCGGGGACACAAUGUGCAUCUCAGGGCACGUUCAUGCUGGCAACCUUUGCCAGCUGAGGGGCAUGGGCUGCAGUUUUCCAGGGGGAGGAUUUUGGGUUCUCCUGGUAAGAGCACAUCACCAAACUUUGCACCUGCCUUUCCCACGUCUCUACCCCAAAACCCAUCUGAGGUGCUCUCAGAUCCUACCUGCCCCCUGAGCUGGGACAUGAACCAUCUCUCAACUUUGCCUUUUGAACGCUUGCAGCAGCUGGAGCAGUGGGCACCUAGGGGGUGUGGGGUGGUUUUUUUUCUUUUGAAAGAAGAAAUUUGCUAAUUAAAGGAAAAAAAAAAACUUAAAAAAAACCAAAACAAAACAAAUCACAACAAAAAAAAUCCAACCUGUUUGUCUUCCACACGUCCUCUGGCCUUUCUUUCUCCCAUUGCUGCCCAGGGGAGGCCAGGAGGUGACCCAUGUCACCCCAGACCAAUCCCUGGCACCAGGUCACGGCUGCCUGCUCUCCAGUGUCACCAAGGGCAUCCGUAUGGCCCAAGGGAUGCUCCAGGGUCCUUUGGCUCCCUACUGCUCACCUCCUGAGCCACAGAAGAUCACAGUUGUUGGGGCAAGGAGGGUUGGUUCAAGCAAGGUCUUGUGGGGUUAGGCUGCCCAGCCUGAGAUGCCCUCAGUGCUGCCCUGUGUUGGUUAUCCCCAAAGGUUUGUGUGCCUUCCAAAAAGGAUCUGCAGAAGGGCAGGGGACAGCUUCCUGCCACGACCCAGGCAGAGGAGGAGCUUGGAGCCAUUUCCACCACCACUCUUUCUCUCCAGAUGGAAGCAGGAGGCACAGCAGGGAUGGCCAUCCCAUGGGACAGACCAAGUGCAUGCUCCCAGGGCUGUAAACACCUCAAGCUUGUUCAAACCCCCCCAUAGUGAGACAGCCACUGUCCCCUUGAGUUUCUUCUUGCCCAUUUCAGGCUGUGGAUUCUAGUGGGAGGUGUCCCUGCCCAUGUCAGGGAGGUUGGAAUUAGAUGAUCUUUAAGGUCCCUUCCAACCCAAACCAUUCUGUGAUUCCUGUGUCUCAUGGGGAAGGCAGCAAUGGUCAAAGGGUCUGUACUGGUUGGGAUGGGUGAGAAAUAGGGCUGAUGAAAAGGUGUGGUCCUGUAUCAGAGCAGUCCCACUGGGUGGGCCACCAUCCCCUUCCUGCCCCAUUGUGUCCUGGUGCUGCUACAAUAGGAGCUGCUUCAUCCCUAGGGGCAGCAGGAGGUGGCUCAGCACUGCAACUGGGACAGCCCCAAAUGCUUCUGAGCCAGGAGACCUCACAGCCCCUUGUGCUCCCAGUGCUCAUGGCUGUGCCACAGCUCGUGAAGAGUUUAGGAUAAAGAGGUGGGAACUAUUGCUUUGCAGGCUUGGAGAUGCCCUGGCAAGAGGUAGAGAAGAGUUUUCCUUGCCCGUGCUGACAGGAGCAUCACCCAGCAGGUUGCCCAGGACAAGCAUCAGCCAGAUGCUUGUGGGUUUGGGUCAGGAUGGGAUCAGAUGAGUUUGAGUUCAGCCUCCUUAGGCCAUAGGAAUUCUUCACCUUUUCCAUGCAGGGUUUGGUGGUGGAGCUGCUGAGAGCACACUGAAAUCUCAGCUUGGUGUCUUGUUUUGGGCUUUGCAGUGCUCCUUCACUUCUUGUAGCAUCAACCCAGCCACCAUAAACACAGGGAUCUUCUAGUGUAAGAGCAGCCCUUGACCUGGUACAAUCCUUGUGGCCAAAUCCCAAGCACCUCUGGUUGCCAGAGUGGCAUCUUGAUACUCUUCAGUUUUGUGAGUCACUAAAAAAAAAAAAAAAAACCAAAACCAAACAUCCAAACCAUGCUGCUUUAAUUGUUGUAUUUUUUUCAUUUUUUACUACUUUUAAUGUGUCUGUCCCCCCUGUUCUGGAACAUGGUCACCUCCCAUGUGGUGCUCCAUGGAAAGGACACCUCCCUGCAUGGAGGACUUGAACAAGUUCCAAGGUUUCUCUUAAGUUGGGCUGCCAGAUAUUUGGGAUUUUUUUUUUUUUAUAUGGACUUGGUCUCCUGCCUCUGAGGUACCAGCUCCUCAAUAUUUCAGUUUAGAGUUACAGAAACCUAACAGGCUGGGGAAAUGGAGGGGUCUUCCAUAUAGAUUUUGGGUAAGAAACCACAAAGAAGAGCCCAGUUGCCUCACAAAGACCUUGGGACAGUUGGGGAAGAGGGAAAGUUGAAGCUCAGUAGCACCAGAAAGAGGCCUAAGCAUCCAAGGACUCAUGGUUUGGGCUGGUUUUGGUGUCUGUCCUUGGACACUAAUCCUUGAUGCCAAAAUAUUGUUGAGAGAGCCUUAAAAAUCUGACAUAUUUGCCAGUUUUGUUAUUUCUCCAGUUGUCCCCAUUGGGUCGUAGGAAACAGAGACUCCCAAUGGCUUUGGCUACAAACCCAACACCUUAUCCUGCCCUUUCCUGCAGAAUCAAAGGCAUCAAUUGACCUUGUCACCCCUCUCCACCUCCCUCAUCCCCUCUGGAAACCCAUAAUUUGCAGGGCCAGGGCUCCAAACUGCUGGUAAGAACUUUGGAGAGCCAAGGGAUGGCAAAGCAGAGAUGCCCUAAGUGUGAACCAAGAGCUGGUGGGCUUCUCCCAGGAAUCAACCAUGGCUGAACCUUACAUGGGGGAAUAAAUCCAAUCAGGAAUUCAUAGUUGUGUCCUUGUCACGUGAGUCCUUGUCUGCAUCAAGGGUUGGACUUGAUGAUCUCUGAGGUCCCUUCCAACCCAGCCAAUUCUAUGAUUCUAUGAUCUUGGAUAAGAGACCCCCCUUCUGUUUCCCAGUCAGAUGGAACACGUGGUGGGGGCAUCAGUGGAAUGGAAGGAAGGCAGCAUGGCCACCUCUUUAUUGAAGAAAAGUCUGGGGACAUUUAGUUCAAGGCUUUGCUUUCUGUAAAUUCAUAUUCUUGAGUCUUGCAGUGGGGCUGAUCCUGGUGCUUGGGGUGAGGGCUUCAUGGGAGGAGGCGACAGAUUUCCUGAGGAACCAAAGAGCCUUGCUCUGUCUACAAAAGAACGAGUUGCUUUCUUUUUUUCCCCUUUUCUUCCUUUUUUUUCCCCCCCCGUUUUAAUUUUUUAUCUUUUGCUUUUUCCUUUGCCUUUUUUUUCUUUUUUUUUUUUUUUUUUUCCUCCAUUGGGUCUCUUCAGUUUUCAUUACUCCCAACAGGAAAGCACACAGGGAGAUUUCCUGACUUCCAGGCAGUUUUCAGGACCUUCCAUCCCAUUCCCUUCCAGGCAGGAUGGGCAUUUGCAGCUGGGAGGGGUGGAUUUGGAUGGGAUACUGAUGGGGAAAAAAAUGUGUCUGGUUUCUUUGCUCAGUGGAGGAUCACGGGCAGGCUGCAGUCAUUCCCUUGGAGGGGGGGGGGUAAAGGGGGCAUUUUUCUUCUCUUUAGACUACAACCUCCCAAUGAACUCUCAACCUCCCUGCUGUUUCUUUCUGUGCAACAAAGCUGCAUAUUUUCCUUUUUAAUUCUGUGGGCAAUGGUCGUAGUAUGUAGAUUAAGCCCCGAUGACUUCUUUUUUUUUAAUUUUUAUUUUAUUUUAUUUUAUUUUGGUCUGAGCCAUAGCUAAAUUAUUAUACCCAGUGCUUUUUGUAUCAGGCGGCAUCACUUUGAAUAUGCAGAUGAGGUAUAGGAUCUUGACACUUUAUAACCUUUUUAAAAAGAAGAAACUUGUCUGUUUACUUACGUCUUGUGUAAAAAAAAGAAAAAAAAAAAAGAAAACAAAAAUGUAUGCCUUUUAAUAAUCACUUUUUUUUUUUUUUUUUUUGAGUUUUAUGAAAUUAGGGUGGUUUCACUCCAGCAGCGAAAUAAAAAAAAGCGUUCACUGUUUUGUACCC